UUUUUUUUUGCGCAAACAAGGAAACAAAACCAAGUGGAGCAUGGAGAACAGCACUUUAUUCAAAUUUAACAACGGGACUCUGGCAACGAUAUGGACUGACUAUAGUAUCGAAUACAAGGUCUCCAGCAUCUUAUUAGUGAUUCUUAUUUGUGGAGUUGGAAUUGUUGGCAAUGUAAUGGUCAUUUUUGUGGUCUUAACGACCAAGCACAUGCGUACCCCAACUAACUGCUAUUUGGUGAGUCUUGCAGUUGCCGACCUCAUGGUCCUGACUGCAGCCGGGCUGCCAAACAUCACCGAGAGUCUGUUCGGCGGCCACUGGGUGUACGGAUACGCCGGAUGCCUCUCCAUCACUUAUUUUCAGUACCUGGGCAUCAACGCAUCUUCCUGUUCCAUCACAGCCUUCACCAUUGAACGCUAUAUUGCCAUUUGCCAUCCGAUAAAAGCACAGUUUAUGUGCACCCUCUCCAGAGCCAAAAAGAUCAUUGUUCUCGUUUGGGUUUUAACGUCCCUCUAUUGCGUUAUGUGGUUUUAUCUUUCCGACACGGAAGAGAUCAUUUAUGAGAACGCUAUCCUUGUGACAUGCGCCUACAAAGUUUCUAGAAACCUGUAUUUGCCCAUAUAUUUCACAGAUUUUGCCGUGUUUUACGUUAUCCCGCUUUUGUUGGCCACUAUUUUAUACGGAUUGAUCGCAAGGAUUCUUUUCCUCAACCCACUCCCGUCGGAUCCCAAAGAGAGUCGAAGAAAUUGGAAGGAGUCGUCCGUGCAUGGGAACUCCAGAAGUUCCUCAAGCAACGCAACUGCUGCUUCUCGGAGACAGGUGACAAAGAUGCUGGCAGUGGUGGUGACCCUCUUCGCUAUUCUGUGGAUGCCCUAUCGGACGCUGGUGGUGGUCAACUCCUUCCUCAAAGAUGCCUAUUUGGACACCUGGUUCCUUCUUUUCUGCCGUCUCUGUAUCUACAUGAACAGUGCCAUCAACCCAAUCAUCUACAAUGCCAUGUCUCAGAAGUUCCGCGCCGCCUUCCACAAACUGUGGCACUGUGGGCCCCAGCGCUCCGAGAAGCCCCCCACAUAUAGCGUGGCACUCACAUACAGCGUCAUCAAGGAGACCUCAAAUGGAGAAAGCCCAGACCACUAUACCACAGAGCUAGAUGACAUCCGCGGAUCCGCCAAAGUGCUUCUGCCAGAGAGGAAGAGGUUGUCAUUUAAAGAGUCCUCACUAGCUUGUAAAAACACACUAGCUAGUGCUUAGAUCCUUGGUUGGUAUGUCAGAUUAGGUUGCUUAAUUUGCAGUUUCACAGUGCCUCUGAAUGGCCUAUUGGAUUGACUGCCACAUGAAAACAGCAUUUUGACAAUCAUAGACUUUCGCUUACAUAUUCAAAACAAAGCAGAUUUAUUCAUAGCCUAACCAUAACCUAGACUUUUAUAGUAGCUGAAGACUAAAAUAGGUUUGGCCCAGUCUGUGAAGGCGGAGUAAUGCUUCUAAAGCAAUCAUGGGUGAAGAUAGACAGACAAUUGGAUUGCUGAUUGAACAUGACUCCAUGACGGUAUUGGAUGUGAUGGAGUGUGUGAGCUAGGGAAUACAUGAUUAAUUGAAAUUAUACCUGAAAUUGUGAUAUGGCUUAGCUUGAGUAUCAAAUCUUGAUUAAAUAAAUAAAUGCGCUGUGUGUUUCAAGACCCAUGCCAAUGACAGAGGCAGGAUUAUGAGAGCACGAGCAGUGCUUGUGUCACAUUUUGCCACUCUCUGCAUAUUUCCCAUUGAAAAUUAACUAGACAAUUGCGACUGGCAUGUCCCAAACGGCCUGUGUGAAAUGUGGCACUUUGUUGUGAAAUGUGAGCAGUUCGUGACAUUCUUGUCUGAUUCACAAAACACUUGCUCCUGAAAGAUGGCUCAUUACCCAGUUUAUUUUGACCAGUUGGUUCCACUGAAUUAAAUAGAUGUUUAUACUUUCUAUCGAGCGUUCAGAAAGCAAACUAUGGCAGUGGGCGUAUAGUUUUCGACACGCGCUGUACGCCGUAGACCAAUCACAACAGCCUAGGCCAUCUGACCAAUCAGAGCAGAGUAGGCUCACAGAAAGGAGGGGUUUAGAGAGACAGAACCUUCUUCAAGCUGCUUCAAAUGAAUAGUUGGAAUAUGAGGUAAUAUAAAAUGAUUAAUUUAAGAAAGUAUUUUUUGACAUUGUAUGCAUGCAAAACAAUAUUGGGAACCUUAUAAAUGACAUAAAAGGGGCCCUUUAAUGGCUUCAUUUGGCUUCCUCCCUCUGAAAAAUCACAAUUUUUAUCCAAAAAAUCACAAAUAAAAUUUUGCCUAAAUUUGUGCAGCCCAAGUGCUGAGGAAUGAAUACUUCUGUACUUCAAGUCAAAAGAUUUUUACCACUGAGGUCUCAAAGCGAUGGCCAGUGGUCACUGUGACAACAGCUGCAUGCAUCACUGCCAAAUUAUCA